GACUAAUAACGCGAAAUAAUUAUAGGUUGAAAAACAAAAAAAAAUACUGCGAUUCACGCUAAUUUCUUGGCCGAAGUAACUUAGCUCUGAUCGUUUUGACUCUCAUAUUUGUUUCCCAUUUUUAUCAACAAAUACGAAAUAAAAAUAAUGCAACUCGAUUUCACCAUGCAUCUAGCAAUCGGCAGGUUUUGUCCAAGUUCGAUCGAUCUUUGGAAGUUUGACAUUUCUUGAGUUGCCAUCAUAAAAUAGAAAUAUCCCUAUCGCAAUUGAACGAUCUUCGAAAGAAUUCUCGAUCCUCGUGUUCAAUUGUAGGGUAUUGAUAGGAAAAUUAAUUAAUAGUACAUAUUUAAUACAAUAUCCACCCAAAUUACACAGUUCGCCCAAGUAGAGAUUUGCGUCUAUCGCAAUAUGGCCGUCCUGUAAUGAUUCGGUGGUCGGUGAUAUUAAUGUGAUUUCGUCCUCUACAAAAUAGCAAAAUGGAGCUACGUGUCGGUAAUAAAUACCGACUAGGUCGCAAAAUAGGCUCGGGAUCCUUUGGAGACAUUUAUUUGGGAACUAAUAUUGUGACCAGGGAAGAAGUAGCUAUAAAAUUAGAAUGUAUAAAAACAAGACACCCACAAUUACACAUAGAGAGUAAAUUUUACAAAGUUAUGAAAGGAGGUGUUGGUAUUCCUGAAAUAAAAUGGUGUGGUUCUGAGGGAGACUACAAUGUUAUGGUAAUGGAACUGCUUGGCCCUUCCUUGGAAGAUUUGUUUAACUUCUGCUCUCGUCGUUUCUCUCUUAAAACUGUGCUGCUCCUUGCUGACCAACUUAUUAGUAGAAUCCAGGACAUCCAUUACAAAAACUUUAUCCAUAGAGAUAUCAAACCAGAUAACUUCCUUAUGGGUCUAGGUAAAAAAGGAAAUUUAGUGUAUAUUAUAGAUUUUGGCUUAGCAAAGAAGUACAAAGACCCUCGGACACUACAACAUAUCUCAUACAGAGAAAACAAAAAUUUGACUGGUACAGCGAGAUAUGCUUCAGUGAAUACACAUUUAGGCAUUGAACAAUCUCGUCGUGAUGACUUGGAGUCUUUGGGCUAUGUUUUAAUGUACUUCAAUCGUGGUAGUCUACCUUGGCAGGGGCUCAAGGCAGUAACAAAACGUCAGAAAUACGAGAGAAUAUCUGAAAAGAAAUUGUCGACACCAUUUGACGAGCUUUGUAAAAACCAUCCCAUUGAGUUCCAACGGUACCUAAAGUACUGUCGACGUCUGCGUUUUGAGGAACGUCCAGAUUAUGCACAUCUCCGUCAGCUAUUUCGUACUCUCUUCCACAGACAAGGAUUCACUUAUGACUAUGUGUUUGACUGGAAUAUGCUUAAAUUUGGUGGGCAACGUGGCAAUUAUCAGUCCGGAGGUAGUGAGCUGAGACGCCAUGACCAAAAUCAGGAGCAGGAUAAUGGUGAGUUCAAAUAAUUAUUCCAGACUUUGUAGUUUAAAUCAGCUAUCAUAUUACAAUACCACAUAUAUU